AUGCCAAGCUUGUUUCCACCUGAGGACUUCUAAUUUGCUGUGCCCUCUGCCCAAAACACUGAUCUCACAGUCCAGAAUGGCUCAUCUCAAAUGUCAUUAAUCCAGAAAGACUUCCUGACCAACUCUGCCUAGGCAGCAUGCCCUUCUACAGGAGUUCUGUCUUCUUAUCCUCCUUUAUUUUCUUUAUAACCUUGAUUAUUGUUUGGAAUUUUUAUUUAUAUGUAUACUUACUGAUUUGUCAUCUGUCCCACCUCAAUAGAAUAUAAAUUGGAUGAUGGCAGAGAUCUUAUCCCUCUUACUCCCUACAGCUCUCCCUGAGGGGGGAAGCAGGUAAGAAAUUUGCAGACAGCCCCAUCUAUAAUUGCAAAUUGUGGUAAGUGCUACUUAAGGCAAUUGCUUGUAAUUGAGGCGCUUGUAAAUGUCAAGUUUACUAGGUUGAACUAUUGUGUUGUCAAAAUAAGCUCUCUGAGCCAUUUUAGGGGUGAAGACAAGCCUGGAAAAGACUGGUAAUUUGCCCCAGAUCACACAUAGUGAUUGGAACUCAGCCUCCUAUCCUAAGAACAUGUAUGUGGCAAGCUUUAAUGGUGGGCCUGCAAUCAUGUUCUGGAAAGAAACUGAUCCUCGAGCCUGAUAAUUUUCCACUAACUAGCAAGCCCUUAUUCUUGGUACUUCAUUUUCUUCACCUUUAAAGUAGGAUGAUCUUAUUAUUAUCCCUUUGGGCUUUUUUUCUCCCUAGUACACCCCAAAGAAGUAGCACUUCUUGCUUUCAGCAACGAGGGGCACAUACAGACCUUAGGACAAUGGCAGGGAGUCAGAACUCUCCGCAAUACCAACCAACCUACAAGACAGAAAUGGGGCCUAGAUCUUCUGGAUCUUAUUUCUUUUGUUCAUCAAUUCAUUUUUUAUUUUUUGAGGGACUCUGGACUUGGGCAGUAAUAAAAUUGGAUGAUUAAAGAAAGAAGCAAAACAUUCCAAAGAGUUGAGAAAGAAAGAAGUAAUUGCCUUUUGUCCGAUCCCACUCCCAACUCUGUUGCCAUAUGUGGUGUGUUUUCUUCCAGUCUUUUUUCCCCUCUCAGCCCAUCCUUUUUUGGGCCAGUGCCCUCUGUCACUUCAGAACCUGGACAGCGAUGACGUUUGCUGAGGACAAGACUUACGAGUAUAUCCGCCACCAUUACAGCAAUUUUGGUCAUAUUCAUGUUCUGGAGAUCCUGCCUUAUCUGUCCUGCCUCACAAUAAGUGACCAGGACCGACUGCGGGCCUACUACCAGCUCUGGGGGAACCAGGGCACCCUCUGGGAGCUCUUCAACAGCCUUCGGCGGCGGACUGGCUGGGUGGAAUCCUUCAUCAAGGCCCUGAGGAUCUGUGAGCUGGCCGGUCUUGCUGACGAAGUGGCCUCUGUCUACCAGAGCAACCUGCCUGGGGUCCCGAAGAACUGCCCCCCAGCCCCACUGGAGCCACAGUUAGCUCCUGCUGAGGUUCCAGGGCCCUCCACACCUGCCGUGGCCCCCAGCGCCCCCCACAACGGCUACAGAGAGGAGGAGCCAAGUUUCCCCAUGCCUGUCCAGGACACUGAGCCGCCAGAGUCCCUAGGAGAGAGUUCAAAGAAAGUCCCACAGACACCCAGUUCUGGGACUGUCCUGAGGAGGCCAGCUGGCCCCCUGGAGCCCUCCUCUGACAUGGCAGCCCUCAGCCCUCUGACCUCCAGUGGGUGUCAGGAGCAGGACACAGAACCAGGCAGUGCCCACAUAGCAGGCAUGGCCUCCAGCCUCACAUCACCCCGUGGGCCUGUGUCUCCAUCUGUCUCCUUCCAGCCACUGACCCGUUCCAUCCCCAGGGCAAGCCGCUUGCCAGGACCCUCAGUAUCAGCUCCGCCUACUGGCAUCUCCUCCUCUUCCCCUGGCUUGGCCUCUUCAGGGGGUGCUGGUGACCAUGGUGAGGCUGGAGCCGGGGUGUUGGCCAGCUCAUUGACCACCAGCGUGGCACCCUCCAAAGUGCCUACCAACUCAGCAUUUGAUAGAACGAUGCCUUCCAAGUUGCCUGCCAGCUCGAAACCCUCUGGUACAAUGUCUACUAACGUGCUCACUAGUCUACCGCCAUCCAAACUGCCUAUCAACUCCACACGUGCUGGCACAGUGGCACCCAAGGUGCCUACUGGCUUGGUGCCUGACCACAGGAUGUCCACAAGCACAGCGCCCAGCACGGUGCCUGCCAACACAGUGCCCCCCGUCAGGAGCAGCAUAUCCUCAGGGGAGACUCCUCCAGUGGCUCCAGAGCCCACAGGCACCUCCACCAGAGACAGCUUGCCCGAGCCAGACCACAACCCUGCCACCUGGGGCUCCGAGUUGGAGCUGAGCAAGCCUGGCCGGCUGGUCUCCCACAUGGACAGUGAGCCGUUCUCAGGCUGCUCUGCGGACCUGGCCCUCAGCUGCAGCAAGUCCUUGGGCGCAGGGCCUGACAACGCCCCAGAGGAGAAUGAGUACCAGUCAGUGGAGUCCAUUAGGAUCCAAGUGGCCCAGGAUCCCAGCAUUAACCUGGUAGAGGGUAGUCCCGGGCCUCCUGCUGCCCCACAGCCCUCAGUCAAGGACAAGUUUGUCCCGGCCAGAUUCUAUGCUCCAUGGCUUGGGGCAGCUGCAGCUGGGGCUCUCUUCGCCAUGCUCUUGGCUGUGCUGUAUAGGCGGCGCCUGUGAAGCCCCUAGGGCCUCCCUGUCCCGAGUCUGCUCCCUUCCCUGCAGGACAUCUAGCCCAAGCACGGACUGUACUAUCUCCCUGUCUUGUCCCUUUCAUGGGGCUCGUGGAGCCUGGACCUGAGGAGAGCCGGGGGUGGGGGGUGGGGGGGUGGGGUGCACAGACUGAGUGCAGACCAGAUUUCUGUCCCAGCCCAUGCCCUCCCCAUGUACUCCAGACUUCACACACCCCACAAUCUGGUCUGUGGCCUUUAUUCUCUGGAGGAGGUGAGGUACCCCCAUCCAGACCCUGUUUGCUCAAGUCCACAGAUGAGGUGGUGCUGCUAGAUCAUGCAGGGGGUCAGAACCCCCCGCCUCCCCCCCAUCCUGCCCUGGUGCCUGGUGGCCAGCAGAUGUGCAGGGUGGGGGAUCCCACAGGACCUUGCUCCAGACCCUAAAAGCCCCAGGAACGUAAGGGUGAUCCAUUUCCAGAGACCUGGCUGCUUGAGGUCCCCCAAGAAGCGAGGGAAGUCCAGAGGUUCCCCUGGACCCCUAGGGAACCUAAGGCAGCUGCUAGGCCUGAGGACUGUCUCUGAAGCCCCUCUCCAGUCUCCUCACCCCCAUUUUCCCUUUCCCUCCCUCUGGUCUCCGUGGUCUUUAGCUUGGUGGUGGUGGGGAGGGGGGUUUGGGAAGGAGAGACCUGCCAGGGUAAGCUCAGGCCAAGGUUUGGAUUUCAGCUCCACCCCUUCCUGGGCUGUGUGGCCUUGACAAGAUGAUCAGACUUCUCUGGUCUUGCUUCCCCACAUGGCCAGUAUCAUGGCUCAUUUCCCCUGGGCUCUUCUGAGAUUGAAGCACACAAGUGUUUGUCAAGUGCCUGCAUUCCCCAGAGUAGGUGACUGCUGAUAGCUGCCCCUACCUCUCCCCUGCCAAGCCUGGUAGACAUGAGGGUAUAAGAGGCAGAAUGCCCAGUGGGUAAGGGUGCAACUCUGUAGUUUGGGGUGGGGCCUGUACCCCACUCGAACUUUCACUCACUCUGUGCUCUGUCAUUGUGCUCUCUAUUAACCUCUCUGUGCCUCAGUUUCCUCAGCUGUAAAAUGAGGAUGAAUAGUAAAAUUUUAUAUGUAUAGAAAAACAAAUCUCCUAGUGUGAUGAGGAUUAAAUGAGUUUAUCUAUAUGACUCUUA